AUGGACGCGACGCCGCGAAAAGCGCAACACGACAAACGUCGGCGCCAGCAACGAAAAGCAUGUGAUAUUUGUCGUCGUCGCAAAGUCCGCUGCGACAUUGUUGACCGACCUUCGGGGCCUUGCUCAGUCUGUGAAAAAUCAGGCUUGGAAUGCCGAUCAAAAUGGACGGAUGAAAGAAGAAGUUCGGUAUUAUCGAGACAUUCCUUGCAGGACAGAACAAGAAGUCAAUCGCCACGGAUAUCUCAUCCGGAUCCGGACCCCGGAGCCGUACAAGGUCGGAACACCAACGUCGAUACUCAUUUAUCUACUAUCGGACCCGAUCAGGAAUCAUCCCAACAACAACAACAACAAGACAAGAGACAAAAUGCUCCCCAGUCGGAUGGCCAAGAGAAACUCGCCCGAGAAGGUUUAGCCCGUUUCUUCAAGCACGGUAUCGGUGCAGCAGCAUGGGCUGUCUUUGCCUCUACCAAGAGCUUUCGUAUUGCCUACGUUGGAACAGCUGUAUCAAAUCUGGUGCAUCUCGUUGACUUGCACAAGUCCUUCAGACAGCCGUAUUCUUCCAUUCUAGGAGACAUUUCGGGACCGACAGGACCGGAUACACAUGGCUCAUUUGCGGAUUCUGCGGCCGAUGGAAGCUCAACUAGUGAUAGGACAGGUGGUGGGAAGCCAUUGCACUACCCAUAUCCUCCUAUCCGGCAGGUAAACUCUUGGAAGCCGACACCGAGCUCGUGGGGUAUGUCGCAGGACCUGGUCACGGAAGUCUCAUCUUUUCCUGCUCAAGAGGUUCGCGAUGCUCUGGUCACAGCAUACUUUGAGCAUAUUCACCCUUUUCUCCCCAUUGUGUCGAAGCCAGAGUUCCUUGCUAGGUACCGCACUCCUGAUAACCCGCCACCACUACUCCUCUUCCAAUCAGUUCUUAUGGCAGGUGCUCACGCAUGCUCUCAUCCCCUCGUUGCAAAUGACCGUCAUGCUGUGCAGAACAUCCUCUUCCGAAGAGCAAGCAUGCUAUAUCACAUGCGCCAUGAAUCAGACAGGAUGCAUCUCCUACAAGCCGCAGCGUUGUUUACAUGGCACAUCGGUGAUGGGGACACAGUCGCGGGGGGGCCGUGGUAUUGGGCUGGCAUAGCAGUACGUAUAGGAACAGGUCUUGGAGCGCACAGAAAGAGUUCACAGCUUCCGGCGGCUGAAAUGGCUCAAUAUCGACGCUGUUGGUGGUCUGCUUUCUUCUGUGAGGUUUUCUCUGCUUUGGAAACGGGAAGGCCGUGUGCGGUGAGAGCAGAAGAUAUCGAUCAACAACCACUCCGGCAAGAGGACAUGGCUGAUACAGCGACUACCGAUCCUUCAAUGGUUGAGACUCCAGGCGUAAACCCAGAUUUCCUAAACCAUCUCGUCGACCUGGCUUACAUUGGCUUAGACGUCAUUGCCCUCAACGCGCCUGCAAGAGAUCGUAUGAUAGACAUUUCAUCAAUCGAUGCACGUCUCGGUCUCUGGUCCCUAAGAUCAGGUAUAUCUACCGUAGCAGAAGAUGACGACUCGUGGACGUGCCAUCUACGCAUGCACUACAACCUCCUCCUCCUCCAUCUCCAUCGCAACCUCCCGUCUCCCAGCUCCUCGUCAAUAUGUUCCGCCGCCGCCCAAGCAAUUGUAACAUCACUCGAAAAGCUUUCUGCUCGGGAUGAACUUUGUCAAUGCCACUUUACAUCCGUCAGUGCUGUGACAGCGGCGGGCAUUCAAUUUGCAGGAGAAAUACGCGCGGCAGUGACAUCACAAACCUUUUUGGUGGCUAUUAACGCGUUGGAGAGGUUAUCGAGACUUUUGCGAUGCACUAUCUUACUUGCAAGACAUUGGCCCAAUGCCGAGGCUGUGCAUAGUGUCUUUGAGGAACUCCAUCGCGAAUAUGAGACGCUAGUUUCGCAGCGGCUACAGGGUGAGCAGGUCAUGGUUCCUGAGAGUCCGCCGGAUUGGAACCGGCUGCUUGGAGCAGAGGGUGUGCAUCAGUUUAAUAGCUUUACAUCGGAUCAGGACUGGAUGAAUAUCAAUAGCUGGACUGACUUGCUGUGA